GGGCUCGCUACUACUUCUUCCUUUACUUCAGAGACAGACAGAGCGGAAACAGAACAGAAGAGUGCAGCGGCCGAGGCUGAGAGAGCGCAGCAGCAGCAGCAUCGAGCGAUCACGCACCCCACCCCCCACUCUCAUACAUACAAGACUCCGACGGACGGACAGACGGACAGUUGCGAGAACCGGAGAACUCCCCACACCAAGCGCAGCAGUGGAAGAAGAAGGAGGAGGAGAAUCGACAUUUGUAUUUUAAAGAUUUUGUUUGCGCGGCGAGGAGCUCGUGAGGUGCGCGCACUAUUUGACUUGCGGGUGCUGAAGCGGUGACUGAGGGAGCGUGGGAUUUGCUUCUUCAUUCAUUCGGGCUGGUCAGGACGGAAGCCUUUGCUAAAACAGCGACCUGCUCUGUCGACUUCGUGGUAGAAGAGAACUCGGAGGUUUACUGAUUCGUCAGGUGCCGGCAAUUUCAUAGUCGUGGAGCAUUUUAUCUGCAUCGAUAAGCUGUAGCAGCUGUUGAACUCCAGGGAGGGUGACAUUACAGAAGUUAGCAACGGGUGGAUAAGCAUUGACCCUAAGCCGCUGCUGCGAGUGUGUUGGUGGCCGAAUUCCUCGCCCAUCUGCACGGAUUAUGUGCCUUCUGCAUCUCGGUCGAAACUAGGAGAUGGCUUUGUAAUUUGGAGGACUUAUACUCUCGGGACAUGGUUAAGAGUCACAUAGCCAUUUUAAUGCCACUUGCCACCAUCUUCGGUGCCUUCUUUCUUCUCAGAACUUUGGAAGCUCAGUCGUAAGAAAUCGAUUGGCAACAACACUUGAUGGAUGUCAGCGAGUGUUACCCAUCUUCUCUCACAUCCCUACUUCCGAAUGUUACUGGUGCCUUGCCCUAUCCUUGCAGUCCAGGAGUAAAUGCAGGUCCCAUAAAUCAAGAUUUCAGAUUGACGCGCAGCGUAUCUGGUUCCCUAAUUCCCAGUUCACAACAACGUCUGGGAAUGGAGAAAUCCAUGCCUCUCGGCAGUGGUUGGAAUUCCGUGGACCAUGGGAAUCUCGGUCUUACCGUCGAUCCUGCCAAAGGUGGUUUUGCACUCCAAGGAGUCGGUCUUCCAUCAUCUCCCAUUGCACGAUUCUCGUCUAACCCUGGGUUUGCAGAACGUGCAGCGAGGUUUUCUGCUUUUGGAAAUGGUCAUUUUUCCCAAUCUUACUCUCACAGCGAUAACGGUAGUGUGAGGUCUGGUUCUUAUGAAAACGAGAACAAAGCGACCAAACUCUCCGCAAGGGGCGAGAUCUCUACGGGAGGCAUCGGCUCACCUGAAGUUUCUGGCAGAAGUCAAGCUAAUGCCUUGGAUGUUGGCAACGAUGGAGAGGAUACAAAAAGUAGACUCUAUCGCAGCACUUCUGCUGCUUGCUCACCAGCUCAAACUGAUGAAGGAUGUAAUGCCCAUGACAACGAGAGACCUGUAGUCGGCAGCCCUUCCGAGUCUGGUGCUACCAAUGGCAGCGGAGGUCAAGAAACAUCCAAAACCGACGCGGAUCAAGGUCGAUCAACCGCCGCUCAGUUGAGUGGGAAGAAGAGAAAAGCUUCCGGUGAUGAGGCCGUCAAAGAAACAGCUUCACCUGUUACCAAGGAGCAAAAGAAUUCCGGUGCUCAGUCAAAGCGCUCAAAAGGUGCCGAAGAUAAAGAAGAUCAAAAGUCGAAAGCUGAACGUAGCGACAACUCGAGCUCCAGCUCUCUAGCAGCCAAGGAUUCCAAACAUGUUGAUCAUCCCAAAACUGACUACAUCCACGUUAGAGCGAGGAGGGGUCAAGCCACAGAUAGUCACAGUUUGGCUGAACGAGUUCGGAGGGAAAAGAUAAGUGAACGCAUGAAGUUUCUACAAGAUCUUGUACCUGGCUGCAGCAAGGUCACUGGAAAGGCAGUGAUGUUGGAUGAAAUCAUCAACUAUGUACAAUCGAUUCAACGGCAAGUCGAGUUGCUUUCCAUGAAACUGGCAGCUGUGACUCCUCGACCCGAUUUCAACAUUGACAACUUUUUGACCAAACAACUCCAGAUAGGACAAAAUUGUGGUCUCCCAAACAUGGUCGAGCACACAGAAUCUACCAUCCAAUAUCCCCAGCUCCCCUCACUUCACUCCCAACAAUCACUGCACAUGCAGCAGGUCCUCAGCAAUGUUUUGGACAACUCACAGUCUGUGGAAUCAAAGCUGAUGAGAAUGAACAGCGCUCCUCCAAUGUCUCUACCUAGGGCUCACAUGGACAUAUUCGGAGAUGGAUUGUCUCAGCUUACAGAGCUUUGGGAAGGUGACCUCCAGAGCGUUGUUCAAAUGGGUUUCACCCAAGGGAGGCCAAUGACGGGUCUUGGGGGAUUUCAAUGUGACUUGCCACCAGGCCACAUGAAGAUAGAGAUCUGACAACUUCUGCGGCUUGAAAACCACUAUUCGCACACUGGCUCAACGGUGUUGGUGCUUGAGAAUAUCUCUUGGCGGUGUUCACAAGGACCAGAAGUUCUGUUCGCACUUUACCAUAUCUGUUUCUUCCAUCAGUCAUAUAAAUGCGUGAGUCCUUCUUUGAAGCUCAAUUCAGAAGAGAGCUGGGUAUCACAAGAAUAUGAGCUGUUGAUCAAAAGUACUGUGGAGGAAUCGAUGUCGAGCAAGGGAUGCUACCAUUGAAAUAAAAUGAAGGGCAACCUUGAUCUGAGGCUAAGUCGCCAUUCCAAGGUGCUGUCGGAAUGUGAAUACUAUCAGGGGUCCCAUAAAUUAGUUAUGGAGUUUCAUCUCAAAAACUACAGUAGACAAUUCGACAAAUUGAGUUACAAGAGGCAUGUUUAGUGAGAAAAUUUAGUUCCUAUCGUGUACAGAGAUCUGAGUAAGGCCAGUGAGCCCAGUAUUUGGCUCCUUGUGGAAUCAUAUGAUCUACAUUAAUUGAAACUGGU